UAUAGCUCGCGAGGCCCCUCGGCUGAGCCCGGUGGGAAGCCCUUGUCUCGUGCCACACAUGGUUUUUCUCCCACGGCGCGAGGGAGGGGAGGCUAUAAUGUUGUUAAACAAGUCACCCAAGAGGGCAAAGAGGCAGAGAGGCUGAACGGUCCACAAUGCAAAGUUUAAUCGCUGCUUCUGAGUUCACACGAGCCCCUCACGCGUCCUGCCUUGUCUCGGGUGUGCGUUUGUUUUCGGUUGGCAGCUGCAACAUGACUUGAGCUGCCUUAAAAUUUUAAGAGUGUUAGUGUGGUGGGGUGAAAUUGAGGUGAAAAGUCAAAGUAAAAUCUGAAAGUGGCUAAUGCGCUCUUUUUGCGGUUUCUGUGGGUUUGUGCGUCAGCUUAAAGUUCUUUUUUUCUUUUUUCUUUUUUUGCUUUAGUGGAUGCAUUUCCGCUUUGUUUGACGUUGGCUCAGAGGCUGAGAGAACCCGGCUGGAAGAGAAGUUGAAACCCUGGUGUUAAUAGUCUCACAGUCGACCCAACAAGGCCUGUUUUUAUUGCCAUAUUGACUUCUAUUGGUUUCUGUAACGUAAAAAGUCUGUUUGCACAGAAAUUAUUUGCGCAAAAGUGUCUCCACUGGCAAGAAAGUGCGCUUUAUUGCGUCAGCUUUUACACAUAAAGGGGCCCCAGAGCGGUAUUUUAUGUGACAGAGGAUUCCUCACGGGUCUGGAUACCCUGUUCGUUUUCUCCUGCGAGAGAGAGUCCUCUUUCAAUCUCCUGCUGUUCGCGCGUCGUUUCGGCUCUCCACGGAAUUUCAACGUCACUCACGGUUGCGCGAAAGGCUUCACGCUCCAUGUGUCGCCAGUCCCCUGCCUCGCGCACAUUAAUAUUCCUGUAAGUCUCAGUCAUGAAUAACAAUUACACCGUAUACCGGGGGUAGAGGAGGGAGCUCGGUGCUCACACUCAGAGCGGCGGCAGCUCCGGGCGGAGGAAGGUUCUGUAUGGAGUUGUAGAUCGGGCCGUGCCUGCAGAUACUCUUCAUUCUUACCUGGAAUGAUUUUGGCUGUAUCGGCCCUACACGCUCCGUCCUACACUGCUAUUCUACCGUGAGCCCGUUUGUGAUACACCGGCAGAAGGUUUACAGAUGUUAGUUCAUUCCUACUCCACCGCGGACCGGCAUGACGGUGUCUCGAGCCACAGCUCGCGGCUGUCCCAGCUGGGUUCAGUGUCGCAUGCGGGACCCUACUCCAGCGCGCCGCCGCUGUCACACGCGCCUUCUUCGGACUUCCAGCCGCCGUACUUUCCUCCGCCGUACCAGCCGCUCGCUCACUACCAGAGCCAGGAUCCGUACUCCCACGUCAGCGACCCAUACUCCCUGAACUCCCUGCACCAGAGUCAGCAGGGAGCAUGGGGAGCCCGUCAGCGGCAAGACCCCACGGGGGACCGGAUGGAGAGCUCCGCUCUGCUGGCGCAGCCUCGGGCCUCGCUGCCCCAGCUAUCCGGGUUGGACCCACGGCGGGACUACGGAGGUGUAAGACGGCCUGAUGUGCUUCUUCACUCCGCUCACCCCGGACUGGAGCCUGGUAUGGGAGACGGACUGCUGCACGGGCUGCACGGUAUGGAGGAUAUUCCGACCGCUGAUGACACCAACGGGACGAACAUCCUGGAUCAAUCAGUGAUAAAGAAAGUCCCCAUGCCACCCAAGAACGUGGGCUCCCUGAUGCUCGGUAAGGACGGGCUGAUCGGAGGAGUGACUGUGAACAUAAACGAGGUGUUCUGCUCGGUACCAGGCCGCCUGUCGCUGCUCAGCUCCACUUCAAAGUAUAAAGUGACCGUAGGUGAAGUGCAGAGGAGACUGUCCCCGCCCGAGUGCCUCAACGCCUCCUUGUUGGGGGGUGUGUUGAGAAGAGCAAAGUCUAAAAACGGUGGGAAAUGCCUGAGAGAAAAGCUGGAGAAGAUUGGACUGAAUCUACCUGCUGGGAGACGCAAAGCUGCCAAUGUCACACUACUAACAUCUCUCGUGGAAGGUGAAGCGGUCCACCUGGCUCGGGAUUUCGGUUACAUCUGCGAGACGGAGUUUCCCACCAAAGCCGUGAGCGAGUACCUCAACCGGCAGCACGCGGACCCCAACGAGCUGCACACGCGGAAAAACAUGCUGCUGGCGACAAAACAGCUGUGUAAGGAGUUCACAGACCUGCUGGCCCAGGACAGGACUCCCCUGGGCAACUCAAGGCCCACCCCCAUCCUGGAGCCUGGCAUCCAGAGCUGCCUCUCCCACUUCUCCUUAAUCACGCAUGGUUUUGGUUCGCCCGCCAUCUGCGCUGCACUCACCGCCCUGCAGAACUACCUCACCGAGGCUCUCAAAGGACUCGACAAGAUGUUUCUCAACAACCCUCCCAACAACCGGCACGGGGAUGCUGGCAAGACCGGCGACAAAGAGGAGAAGCAGCGGAAAUGAAGCAGGAGAAGGAGGGGAGUGAUGAUCGAGAGCUGAGAAGGAGGCAGACACACAGACAGAGGCGUUACACCGUUACUUCUAGCUUUACACCCCUGCGACUGACCUGCCACGCACGGGGCUGAGGUGGAGGAGGAAGGGGAAGGCUCGGCAGAGAGAAAAAGGCAGAGGAAGACACCCGUGGGCCAGUGUCAGAGAGCACAGAGGGAUUUUUCAUCUGUGUUACGUUCUUUUCAUUCCCCUGAGGACAUGGUGGUUACUGUGUUACAUUCAUUUCGCUCCCCCUGCCUGCAUCCUGUGAGACUGAGAUGCUGUGAGCAGCCAACAAACAACAUUGUGUCUGUGUGCCUGAGUGAGUGUGUGCGUGUGUGUGUGUGUGUGUGUGUGUGUGUGUGUGUGUGUGUGUGUGUGUGUGUGUGUGUUUGUCUUCACACAGAAAAAGCAUUGUGAGAUUGGGUGAUGAGCAAUCUAUAUGUGAAACAGGGUUGUCUGGUUAUUUAACACAAGAGGAGGGAGAGGAGGGGAGGUGUUAAUUUAUGUGUGUAAAUAUUUAUUUAUAUUAAUUUAAAUGGAUGGUUGUGUAAAUAGGUGCGCCAGCUAUUUUGGAGUAGGCCUAUUAAUCUGUGAUUUGACCUUUGUGAGCCGUUUGGGGGACAGGACUCAUCCAGUGUUUUUCUGUUCUUAUAGAGCUGUUGUCAUGGUGCUGAUGAUGGGUAGACAUGCUUCUAAUUGUCCAGUGAUUUCAUUUCUAUCAUAUUGAUAAUAAACCAUGUGUUUUAUUA